AUGGCGUCCGAACUGGAGCUUUCCUCAACUUUCAUUCCAGCGCUGUACAAGCCUGCUGCGCUGUUGCCCAUCGCAAGACAUAGGCAAAGCUUACUCUAUCUUGUAGAGACUUACCCCGUCACUAUUGUCGUGGGACAAACUGGUUGCGGGAAAACGACACAGUUGCCUCAGUAUCUCGACCAAGCAGGAUGGUGCGCUGAUGGGAAAACCAUAGCAGUGACGCAGCCGCGCCGGGUGGCUGCCACGACUGUGGCAACGCGAGUAGCGGAAGAAAUGCGCUGCAAAGUGGGCGAGGAUGUGGGAUACUCAAUUCGUUUCGAGGACCUAACGUCCGCUUCUACGAGAAUUAAGUUCCUAACGGAUGGGAUGCUACUUAGAGAGGCCCUUGUAGACCCUCUUCUAUCACGAUACUCCGUAAUCAUGGUGGAUGAAGCCCACGAAAGGUCACUUAGCACAGAUAUCCUUCUGGGAAUCCUCAAAAAGAUCAUGAAGCGUCGUCCUGAGCUCAGGAUUGUGGUUAGCAGUGCAACACUGCAGGCUGAGGACUUCCUACGGUUCUUCGCCGGCGAUGAAUCCAGUGAUGACGACGGGUCGGUUCAAAUUGGGGGAAACGUGGGACGGAUCAUUAGCCUGGAAGGUCGGAUGUAUCCUGUGGAUAUACUUUAUCUUGAGUCGCCCUCGGAAGAGUAUGUUGAAAGAGCGGUUAAAACUGUUUUUGACAUACAUCUACAGGAAGGAGACGGCGAUAUUCUCGUGUUUCUGACAGGCCGGGAGGAGAUCGACACCACCGUGCAAUUGAUUUCUGAGCGCGCUGGAUCUUUGCAUCCAAAAGCACAAGGGAUUCUUGCCCUUCCUCUUUACUCCGGACUCACGACAGACCAGCAGAUGUAUGUUUUCGAGCCGGCGCCGGAGAAUACGCGCAAGGUGAUCGUAUCCACGAAUAUUGCCGAAGCAUCUGUCACCAUUGACGGUAUUGUAUACGUCGUCGAUUGUGGAUUCGCCAAAUUAAGGGCCUAUAACCCAAACUCCGGGAUUGAGACGUUAACGGCAGUCCCAAUUUCGAAGGCAGCAGCGGUCCAGCGUGCCGGCCGAGCAGGUAGAACGAAACCUGGGAAAUGCUUCCGACUCUACACUCAGCAGGCGUAUGAAGCCCUUUCGGAGGCCACCGUUCCCGAAAUCCAACGAUCGAAUCUCGCGCCAGUCAUAAUGCAGCUCAAAGCUCUCGGUAUAGACAACAUAGUGCGGUUCGACUUUUUAACGCCGCCUCCUGCUGAGCUUGUGAUUCGUGCGUUUGAGCUUUUGUACUCUCUGGGAACAGUGGACGAUUAUGCCAAGCUCACAAAACCUUUGGGCAUGCGUAUGGCUGAACUGGCGGUCGAUCCGAUGAUGGCAAAGGUUCUCCUUUCUGCGCAGUCCUUCAAUUGCUUGAGCGAGAUUCUUUCUAUCGCAGCCAUGGUCAGCCUCCAGGGGUCAGUCUGGGUGCAACAUGAGGGCGACAGAAAAUCAGCCGAGAGCACUCGCCGGAAGUUCGCCGUUGAAGAAGGCGACCAUCUGACGUAUCUCAAUGUAUACCAGGCGUUUGUUACAGUUGGAAAAAAAUAUUCCAAAUGGUGUCGGGACAAUCUCUUGAACUAUCGAUCCUUGCAACGGGCAGUGAGCAUCAGAGCCCAGCUGAAGCGGUACCUCGAACGGUUUGGCAUUCAGGUUGACGAGACCCUUUCUUCGUCUCGUUCCAAGCAGCCCAGCCUAGCCAAUCUCUCGGAAUCCCUUCGAAGAUGUCUCACAACCGGUUACUUCGCCCACGCUGCCAAGAUGCAGCCCGAUGGAACAUUCAAGACAGUCAGUGGAGGUCUUACCCUCCACGCUCACCCCACUUCACUGAUGUUUAAUCGGAAAGCAGACUGGGUGGUCUUCCACGAGAUACUGCAAACUGGAGAGAAGACCUUCAUCCGUGAUAUCACCAAGAUCGAAAAAGGAUAUCUUGUUGAAUAUGCACCCAACUACUAUAAAUCCCUCCUGUACUCGCAGAUCCAGUUUGAUUCUAUCACGACGUUGAACGAGGCUGUUCCAAACUCCGGGGCUGCGAUCGCCCAGAAGACGUGGGCGGAAAGACUGAACGACCAACCCGAACUCGAAAGCGAUGCGGACGAGCAACUGCUUAUGUAUAUCCCGUUUACGGGACAAGUCAAGGUCCAUUCACUCCUUCUUUAUACCGCGCCGACCCCCUCUGCCCCCAAAACCCUGAAACUUUUCAAGAACCGGGAUGAUCUGGAUUUCGCAACCGCCUCGGAGCUCAAACCCACUCGAACAAUCGAGGUUCCUCAACCGGUUCCUGGAGCGGAUAUCUUCGAAUUGCCUUUGAAUCGUGCUCACUGGAACACCACCACCUCCAUCACCUUGUUUUUUGAAGACAACUGGAGCAAUGGCGAGGAAGAGGUGACCAAAGUUGGAUACGUCGGUUUCAAGGGUCAGUUCAUGGCACUGAAUCGGGAACCGGUCAAUUUCCUCUACGAAGCAGCUGCCAACCCCGGUGAUCAUAAGGCAAUCCAGGGGGUGAACGACGUAGGAGGCAGGAUCAUGCCGGGCCAGUGA